AUGAAGUCCUUCGUCCUCACGGCCCUCGCCGGCCUCAUCGGCGCUGUCCAGGCUACCGUCCAGGGCUUUGACAUCUCCCACUACCAGGGCAGCGUCAACUUUGCCCGCGCUUACUCUUCCGGUGCCCGCUUCGUCAUCAUCAAGGCCACCGAAGGAACCAACUACAUCGACCCCAAAUUCUCCUCUCACUACACCGGCGCCACCUCUGCCGGCCUGAUCCGCGGCGGCUACCACUUUGCGCACCCGGACUCCUCCUCCGGCGCUGCUCAGGCAGACUACUUCCUCGCGCAUGGCGGCGGCUGGUCCAAGGAUGGCAUCACCCUGCCCGGCAUGAUCGACCUCGAGUCCGUCUCCGGCAAGGCGACCUGCUACGGCUUGUCGACCUCGGCCAUGGUGUCGUGGAUCAAAUCCUUUUCCGAUCGCUACCACAGCAAGACGGGUCGCUACCCCAUGAUUUACACCAACUACUCGUGGUGGAGCAAGUGCACUGGCAACUCCAAGAGCUUUGCCACGACCAACCCGCUGGUGCUGGCGAGGUGGUCGAGCUCGGUCGGUACGAUUCCUGGAGGGUGGAGUUAUCAGACUAUUUGGCAGAAUGCGGACACGUAUACUUAUGGCGGUGAUUCGGAUAUCUUCAAUGGCUCUCUCGAUCGCCUCAAGGCUUUGGCUAAGGGCUCUUGA